CUGACCGAUUCUGAUCGUCAACUGCUAUUCACAAUGAAGAAAGGCCACUCAUCGAGGAAUUCCGCUCGAGAAACCCGCAUAUCUAGUGAAGCAACAGAUCGUGGAAGCUUGCACCGACACCGCGGCAGAGUCGGUCGGUUUCUGGAGAAGGUUAGGGACGGUGCGAGCAACUUAAGAGUAUCGCGCUCGAAAGAUUCCCGCAGCCAUAGCCCUGCUCCCCCGAAUGUGCUUCAUCAACAUGCUUCAUCGACCCCGAAUAUCCUCGAGGCUGCUCCGUCUGAUGUGGAAUGGGAGGCUGAUACCCAAUCGGCACUUCGGGAUGCACAACAGGCUGUACAACGCAUGCAUCCACUGUCGGGACCUGCAAUAACCGUGGCGUCUAUUGGCCAAGACGCACAAGCGGAUCUCGAUGCCGCUGACGGUUUCCAGGACACAUAUCUCGAACCUCUCAGGAUAUUCGACGAUGUUAUUGGGAAGAUCGCAGAUGUACAUCCAUAUGCAAAAAUGGCACUGGGCGCGUUGUCUUGUGCAGCCAAAAUUAUUCUAGCUCAAGCGGAUCGCGACGCAGCGGUACUCAAACUUCUUGAAAAGUUGCGUCAAGUUUACAUGUUUAUGGCACAAGAUGAGACGCUUGGCCAAAUCUCGACAAUGCGCGUUAUCCUUGGACAGAUCUCUCAGCAGACCCUUGAAUGUGCUCAGUUCAUCAAAAAUUAUUCGGACACCAAGAAUUUUUGGGAGAGACUCGGAAAGAACGCCGUCUCGGAAACGAGCGAUACGAUCCAACAGUACAGUAACGUGUUGGAUAUGCUUAUGCAAAACUUCCGGGACCAAGUCACUCGCGACGUGGCCAUACACGUCCACCGUCGAGAAAUACUAGAUCUCAGUGGCAUGACUUAUGCAGCGGGCGCGGGACUAGAUACCAGGAAACAAUGCCUCCAAGGGACGCGCACAGAAAUCCUUUCCCAGAUUACGGAAUGGGUCAACAGCACCGGGGACAACGUUCCACGCGUGCUGUGGCUAUCUGGCCCUGCAGGCAAGGGCAAAUCGGCCAUCGCCCACACCAUUGCUAAGUGGUUCAACGACGUGGGAGGGCUUGGUUCGUGUUACUCUUUUGACCGCCAGCGAGAAGCAGAUCGUCGCCACGAAAAGAUCUUUCCACGAUCGCGCUCGACCUGGCUGACCGUGAUCCGGAGAUGAGGCGGGCAUUAGCAGAUGCAGUUCAGACCGUGAAUUCGCUUAAGAAUACAGCGGAUAUCACCCAGCAAUGGGAGAAGCUUCUUAUCGAACCACUGAAGAAGUCGUCUGGGUCAACUGCAGGGCCCAUCGUGAUCAUGAUCGAUGCACUGGACGAGAGCGGUGGAGUAGAGACACGAAGAGACCUCCUCCGUAUUCUAGCUGGCAAACAUCAAAAUCCCGCUGUUCCCAAAAUCACAGACCUCCCAGUCAACCUCCGCUUCAUCGUUACCCUCUCGCCCACUUGGUGAUAUCAAAGACGAGUUUCGUGGUGUUCAACAUAUU